AUGGCUAGUGGUGGAGGUGCUCCAUCUAUUUGGAACUUUUUUGAAAAGUCCUCAGAUGGUAGCAAAAUUGAAAUUUGUAAUCAUUGUCGGCGGCAGUUGUCAUAUAAAACGACAAUAACUAAUUUAAAAAGUCAUUUGAAACAAAAGCACGUUUCGGCCUUUAAUCUUUUUUUAAAUUCUAAGCCUAACACAAAUUCUAACACACGAUCUGAAAAAGUAGUUUCGCGUGAGAUAGAAGCUCGUGUUGGUGGUAAUAACUCACCAUGUGAUAGUGGUGGUGGCGAGACAGAUGGACAAAACACUAACGGGAAAAGGGAUGAUAUUGAACCCCCUAAAAAAUUCAGAGAGCUAUGCAUACUAUACGCCCUGAAUCCAAAUUAUGAAAUACCGGACCGAAAAACGUUGUCAGUGAAUUUACUGCCAAAAGUUUACGAGAAGAGGCUGGAAGACAUUAAAUCGUUCGUCCAAAUAAAUGCAAAAUCAGUUUGCAUUACAGUCGAUUCUUGGACUUCCCGUAGUUUGGAUAGCUACAUGGCUAUAACGGCGCAUUUUAUGACAAAAAAUCCUGUAGAAUUAAAAUCAGUUCUGAUUCAAUGUGGCGAAUUUGAAGGUCACCAUACUGGUAUAAGAAUUUACAGAGACAUAAGGUCAAUUUUGCAAAACUGGGGCAUUUACGACAAAGUUAAUUUUUUUGUCUCCGAUAAUGCAUCCAAUAUGUUGAGUGCUGCCAAAUACUUCGAAGACGAUGACUUGCCACAUUUUGGAUGUUAUGCUCAUAAAUUGAACCUCGUAGUCCAAGAUGCCCUUGACGAAAUAAAAGAUACUUUGGCUAAAGUGCAAAAAGUAGUCAAUCACUUUCGUAAGAGCACUAUAGCCAAAGAGAAAUUACUUAAAUACCAAUCUAACCAACAGAAUGUGGCUCAGCCAAAAACGGUUAUAAAAGCUGUACCUACGAGGUGGAACUCGGUUUUCUUAAUGCUGGAAAGGUUUAUUGAACUAGCAGAAGCUUUGCGGGCCACUAUUCCGAAUUUAAAUACUGAUCUUCCAAUCAUACCUAUAGAGGAGUGGAAAUGUAUAGAACAAGUAUCUAUUAUUUUAAAACCAUUUUAUAAAGCAACCGUCGAAAUGAGCGCUGAAAAUUAUUUAGUUGCAAGUAAAGCUAUAAUUUUAACUUCUAGCCUUAUCAAUAUAUGUGAUAAUUUUACAAAACAAGAAUUAUAUGACCCAGUCAAAAAUCUCGCUGAAAAAUUAAAAGAUGCCAUGUUAAGUCGGUUAGGAAAUUUAGAAACAAACGAGACCAUUUGUUUGAGCACAGUUUUGGAUCCUAGGUUCAAAUUAAAAGCUAUAAAAAACAAAGAACAGAUUGAACAAAUUAAGAAUAUAUUAAAAAUUAAAAUUACAAAUGAGAUAGCGGACCUGUACUACCAUCAUCAUCUGAACCGGCAACAUCAGCUGUUGAUCUUGUGCCAUCACAAACUUUCAUUCUGUGGUCCCAAUUUGACACCGAAACCGAUAAAGAAUUUGUACAAAAGACGCCAGAUAUUGAGGCUGCCGAAAAGUUGGAAAAAUAUUUAG